CAACCAAUAUUAAUUAAAAAAAAACUGAAAUACAUACACAUAAAACAAAUAAUGAAUGUGUUGGUGUUUUACAAAAAUAUUAUGAGAAAUUGAGAAUAAAUUUAUUCAAAGAAAUAACAUUGGUGGAAAAAAAGUGUUUUUUAAUAACACAGUAUAAUCGUUUUUUUCGUAUUACUGUGUAAUUUUUUCUUCAAAAAUAAAGAAGUCACCUCAAAAGUACAAUUCUGGAUCAUUUUUAUACAACAGGGAAAAAUCAGCGCAUUCCUUUAGAUUUGAAUGCUAAAGAAAUAAAAAAUGAGAUGAUUGGUGUGCAUACAGUAGACUCACUAAAAACUCCAACGCAUGGAGUUCCAUCAAGUUCUCAUUCAAAUAGUCAACAACAAAUGUCUACGAGAAGACAGACAUUGAAUGCUGUUGAAUAUUAUAAUCAUAAUGUCCUUCGAGCACGUAUGGAAGCUGGUUUAGCUGGAACAAGAAACUAUGCACCAAUGAACGGAGAAACUAUGUACAGAAGCAAUUCGAGUUUAGAAUUGCUGGAUGUUGGAAAAGUUGACAAUCAAUUUUCGAAUGCUAGUGGACCACUGAGAAGAGAAUAUGGUUCACAGAGCUCGAUUGAUAUCAUUUCCGAAAAAAAUACAUCCAAUGCAAAGGGAGAGAAUUUUUUCACAAUGCUACAAGACUAUAGACCAGCAGUAUUAAAUUUGAGAAACAAUAACAAUAACAAUAAAGAUAACAAGAAAGAACAAACAGAAGUAAUUCAGAAAAAUAAUUUAAGUGUUGCUGAUGCUUCUUAUUUGGAAGAUCAGCUUGAUCAAGUAACAUCCAGUCCAAAACUACGAAUGAAAUUAAAAUUAUGGGGUCAAACGAAAGCCUCAAAAUCGCAAACGAAUAUUCCAGUUGUUGAUGAAAUCAAUGUAAAUAUGUGCAAUGAAAAUGCAAGUGUUGUUUCGACCAUUUCAUCUGACAUAGAGGAGCGAACCAGACGACGAGCAUUUGCUCAUUAUGAUUGCCAAUCGCUCACUGCCAAUUUGGGAUACGCUGCUAAAGUGAGAGGUCUUUUGCUUGCAAAAAGAAGAAAUACAACGACAGGAGCUUCAGCAGCAGCAAUGUAUUCAAGAUCGUCUACUCCUGAUCGUGACAAUGGUGAUGAGGAUUUGGAUGAAAGAUUGUGUAACGAUUUGAUUGAAAUUUGUCCUUUUUUUCGGAAUGAAAUUGGUGGAGAAGAGGAACGAGAAGUAAGCUUGACUCGAAUGAAUAAGACCUUAAGUAAAAAACAUCAAAAGAGAGCUAUACAUCGUCCCUUAUUUACUUACGGCACUUCAAUAUUAGAAUGUAAUAUUGGAGAAUCCCUUUGGAGCAAACAAGCAUGCCCUUACCAAAGUAAUACGAGCUUAAUUGAGCAAACUGACAAUGGUGCAUACUAUUACCGUAAAUACUUUUUCGGACAAGAGCAUCAGAAUUUCAUUGGAAUGGACGAACACCUGGGACCGGUUGCAAUUUCAAUUAAGAGAGACAAACCACCAUAUCAGCCAAUAUCUCCAGAGUUUUCAAAUGAACAGUAUCUCUACCGAAUGAUUGUAAGAACGAGUGAAUUAUUAACACUUCGUGGUUGCAUUUUCGAAGAGUCUAUACCAAAUCCAAGAGGUUCAAAUAAAUCAGUAAAUACCAAAGAUGUUAUCGAUCAUAUUGCUCCAGAAGUGCAAAUUUCAUGCCUGAGGUUGGCUAUCAAUACACCCCAGUGUGAACAACAGCUGUUGAAAUUAGAUGAGCAAGGUCUCACGAAUAAAUAUAAGGUUGGAGUUCUUUUUUGUCGUGCUGGACAAACAACCGAGGAGGACAUGUAUAAUAAUGAAGAUGCAGGACCAGCAUUUAUUGAGUUUCUCGAGACUAUUGGUAAACGAGUUCGUUUAAAAGGCUUUGAGAACUACAAGGGAGGUUUAGAUAACAAAACAGACUCGACCGGAACUCAUUCUGUGUACACAACUUACCAAAAUUGUGAAAUUAUGUUUCAUGUAUCAACAAUGCUACCAUUUACGCCGAAUAAUCGACAACAACUUUUACGAAAGAGGCAUAUUGGAAAUGAUAUUGUUACCAUUGUUUUUCAAGAACCAGGAGCGCUACCGUUUACACCCAAAAAUAUUCGAUCUCAAUUUCAACAUGUUUUUAUUAUCGUUCGCGUUGUAAAUCCUUGUUCUGAACAUACGACUUUUCGUGUUGCUGUAUCAAGAUCAAGAGAAGUUCCAGUCUUUGGACCGCCAAUUAGAAGUAAUGCUUGCUACUCAAAGAAUAAAAAUUUCAUUGACUUUUUGCUCGCAAAAGUCAUCAAUGCUGAGAAUGCAGCGCACAGAAGUGAGAAAUUUGCAACAAUGGCAACUAGAACGCGACAAGAGUAUUUAAAAGACUUGUGUAAUAACUUCAGUACACAAACAUCUAUAGAGACUGGACAGAAAUUGAAAAUAUUUCCAAGUAAAAAGAGGGAACCAACGAAGCCACGUUUUAAGGGUGAUGCAAUCCAAAGAGGAGCAUUUUGUUGGCAAGUAGUUCUUCAUGACAGCGGAUCGUCAACUCAGAUGGAAUGUUUCUUAGGAAUAUCAUCUGAAACGUUUGUAUUAAUUGAAGAGUCAUCGAGACAAACAGUAUUUGCAGCACCUAAUCGUUCGAUAUUAGGUUGGUCAACAAACGGAAACGCUCUAAGAGUUUAUCAUCAUCAGGGUGAAUGUAUAACUAUGAAUAUGAGAGACUAUGGUGACAGAGAUGAACAAUUAGAAGUAAUAGAAAGAUUAAGGGCUGUAUCAAAUGGAUGUGGAGCUUUAGAACUAAGUUUACAUCGAAAUACAAUGGGGCAACUAGGAUUUCAUGUUCAACCUGACGGAAUUGUAACUCAAGUUGAACUGAAUGGACCUGCAUGGUCAGCUGGAUUAAGACAAGGCUGUAGAUUGGUUGAAAUUUGUAAAGUGGCAGUUGCAACAUUAUCACACGAUCAAAUGGUCGAUUUGUUGAAAACAUCUAUUCAAGUUACCGUGACAGUAAUUGAGUCAUUCUCAGAUUUUUCUCCCCGUCGAGGCUGUUUUCUUUCAAAUUGUAAGUUCAAUUCAAUAAUUUAUCAAUAUGAAAAUGAUUUACCCCCAAAACAACAAGCAUCAGCCGUUCCGCGUAGAUUUAUUGAACGCAGUUUUUCACCACCUAAAUCAGUAGACAGUUCUGGUUAUGGAACAGCAAGUUCAAGUAGAUCAUUUACAGCUAAUAACGAUAGAAAAUAUGUGCCCGAUAUGGGGACAUUAACUUCUUCUUCAAGUGGACAUUCAAGCAAUGAUGAAAAAUGGUAUGACGUAGUUGAAAAUACAAACUUGCAACUAUUAGAUUAUGACUCAAAUGGUCGUUAUACCAAACGCGGAAAUGCUGUACCAAUGCAUCAAAAUAAUAAAAAAAAUACAGUACCACAUGAAAAUUCGCAAUUAUAUAAAAACAAUAAUAGUGAUUUUUUUGAACAUAAUUCAAUAAAAGCAGCUGCUGAAUCAAGUGUAUUAAAUCGAAGCUAUCAGAUGCAAGAUGAGGAAAGUAAAAAUGCAUCUAGUAGUAAUGUAAGUGUUAAGCCAGUGUACAGUGUUCCAGUAAAAGAUACAAACUCACAACCGUCAUACAGUGAAGAUGAAUUAGAGAAAUUGACUAAACAAGAGACUCCACAGUUAAAGCGUUCAGCUACAACAAAUGCAAUUUAUGUUGUUAAGAAAGCUCAAACAGCAACUGUGGCUUCAACUUCCUCUUCUUCAUCUAGCAGGAAUAAUAGUCCGAGACCGACUGCGGAAACAAGAUUAAAAGCUGGUGUAUCCAGGAGUAUAAAUCCAUCUCACAGAUCCAGCAUGCAUUGUACUAGUACCUUGAAAGAAGAUUUGUUGAAAUUGAUAAAUCCAGACUAUUUGCAUGGAUCAAACGAUGACAAUUUUCAUGAUGGCGACAUACCAAUUUCAUUGAAAAGUGAUAAAAAAUCAUCAACCAGUCAUAGCUUGGGGAAUUUGUCUAUAGCAAGCAACCAGCUAUCUCCACUCAAAACACCAAUGAUUCGUGAUGACAAUGUAAUACGAUCAAAAACAAAGUUCAAGGAAGAAUCGGAAUUUAAUCCUGUUGAUACUCGAAUGAAAUUUCAAAAAGCAAAAUCAGUUUCACCCGAAGAAGAAGUUAUAAUUACUACAGCACGACCAGCAACUGUUAUUUCACCUGUGAGUGAGAUCGUCCAAAACACAAAUUAUCUACACAUAAAAGAAGACCAAAUAAAUACAACACCUAGAGAUCACUUUUAUAACCCAAACGAUGAGAGUGGACUACCAAAAAUAAAAAUUUCAACAUUAUCGGAUAUGAAAGAGGCUGAAUGGAAAAAUUUUGUAAAUAAUUCUUCCAAAAAUAUACAGAUUAAUGGUCAUCAAGAGAGCAUAUAUGAUGAGCUCAAUGCAUUAACAAGCAGUGAACCUAUCACAGUAAAUCAAUUUCUGUACAGUACAGUUUCGAAUUCAAACUCUCCAAUUUCCAACUCAGGCGCCGCUAGUGUAUGCAGUAACAGUAGUGUAAAUAAUAUAAACAAUGAUCCUACAUGUGCAUUGCCUGAAUUGCAAUGUCAAGUCUCGCAAUUAUCCGACCGCGUUAUGCGUGAGACAAGACGUCGCAGGAGCCUUGAAGUUGCCGUCAAAAAACUUACAGAAGAAAAUCGAAGAUUACAAGACGAGAGUCAACAAGCUGUACAACAACUUAAAAGGUUUACUGAAUGGUUUUUCCAGACAAUCGAUAAACAAUGACAUUCUGAGCUACACAUUUAAUGUUAUGACUAUAAUUAUCAUUAUUAUCUAAUAGCUUUAAGUUUUCUCUUUUUGAAAAAGUAUUUUUUUUUAAUUUAAACAAAAGAAACAGUAAUUACUCAACAAAGAAUGAACUUUCACACUCAACACUUUAAAUAUUAUAUGUUUGGUAUUUAAUUUAAUGAGAUUUCAAAAACAAACAAAAUUUUUAAUUAUUGCCGGUAUAGAUACACGAGAUUUAUUGUUUUUACCUCCAGCAAAUCUUACAUGUUAUAGAUACAAGACAUUGUAACAAUUUAGCAAACAAAAUUUUAUUAAAUCAGAUAAAAUGUCCAAUAAUGAUAUAUGUGGAUUGUUUGUGAUGAUAAAUGUGAUAAAAGUUGGCUUGUUGGAGAAGUAUGAGUUUCUAAAAAUUCAAAUAUUUACAUUCCUUUAUGUAAAUAAAUGUGCUGAAAAAAUGAUAAUUUUGCGCAACUACUUAUUAUGUAAAAUGUUCGAACAAUCUAGACCAUUAAAAUAUCAUCACAAUAUACUAAAAAAACUAUCCCUUCAAUAACAAAGACAUGAACAUGAAUUUCCUCCUGGCUACAAAUUUGCAAUUUCAAUCAUGAUCUACACGAAUCAAAAUCUGUCAGGACGAAUGUUCAGUAUUAGAAAAUUUUACAUUUUUUUGUCUUUUAAUGCUUUUAAUUUUAACGAUUUUCGUCUCGCAAUAUUCAAUUAAAAGAUACAAAAAUAUAAAACCCAAUAUUGCACAGUUUAUUAAUAUUAAUCCGAAAUUGAAUGGAUUUUUUUUUAAAAAAAUUUUUUUUUAAACUUGUAAGUCUUCCAAAAUCACAAACGAAUAGAGAAUUUUUUGUCUAUAUGAAAUAAUGAAAUAUGAUAAAGAGCGAAGAAACAAAAGAUAAGAUACAAAUUAAGAGUGCAUUCGCACUCGGGAUUAGUCUCAAAAAUACCAAAAAUCCCUUUCCCUUAAUUAUUUCUAAUCUAUAGUAGGUAUUUCAAGUGGAAUUUUAUGUUUGAUGGUAGCAAGUGCUAGGUUUUUUUGGAACUUUUGGGAUUAAUCCUGAGUUUAUACAGCUUGAAACAAAUUUAAAUAUUUUUGAUGAAAUUGCCCUCCAAAGUUCGUCGUUAAGCUUUGAAUGAGUUGUUAUACUUUAUAGAUAAUUAAGAUAAAUUAAAUAUUGCCUUCAUGUGAUGCACUUAUGAAUGAAAAUUCUUCACAUAGACUAUUAAGGAACAAGACAAAAAUAUAAUACACUGAGUGUCUAUGAAAAUUGCAUUUAGGAUUAAAAUGAACAAAUAUUAAAAAAAAUUUAUUCCACUUUUCAUUAGAAAUUUUGGAAUUCUUUCAUAAAUGAUAAGUAAAUGAGGGUCUCUAAUUUUCAAAACUGUACAAUUACUUGCUUACUUAAACCUUUAUUUGAAUAUCACCUUCAUCAACUACCUAAUUUGACUAAUUUAUCUCUCAUUAAAAAUCAAACUAAUUCAUAAUUUAUCUCAAUCUUUUUCUCUCUAUCUAGUUACAAUUAUAAGACCCUAAUUCACACAUUUUACUAUUUUUAAUUAACAUACUUUGCUUUAAUAUAGAGAUAUUUAUUUUUAAUCAUUUAUUGAUUCAAUUAAAUAUAUUAUUUUUGAUAAAAAUGAAAUGAAAAAAAAAACAAAACAAAUUAAAUUGAGACCAUUGAGUAAUUUAAAUUUCGAUUGAAUUACAAUAUACAUAAAUUAACGUUUUCUCGAUGAAAUACCAAAACAAUUUACCUAAAUUAGAUUUUAUUUUAAUUAAUAAUUUUAGUUUUUAUUUUUUGUUUGAAUCAAAACGUUUGAUUUAUUAUUAGAUAUCAAUAAAUAUUACUAUUUAGUGCCUUAAUGUAAGCAAAAAUCAUGAUAAAUAGAACAGAACAAUAAAG